AUGGUUUCAUUCAAGUACUUGGUUACAUUAGCUUUGGCUACAACUGCAGUUCAAUCAUUUUCCCUCUUACACGAUGCUGAAGGUUUUGCUAUCUUACCACCAACCGAUGUCGUUUUAAACCAUUUGAAGGAAGCUGGUAAGAAAGACGCAUCAAAUCACUACGAUGUUGUAAACACGGUUCACAAGAAUGGAGAGAUUGUUCAAGUUAACAUGCACACUCAUGAAAUCAAACAAACUGGUAAAUAUAAAUACAAUUAUGAUAAUUCAUGUUACCAUGAUGAAUCCAAGAGGGAUUUAUUCUCUAGAGAAAUUCAAGAUUCAAGUUUGACUAAAUGUUUCAAUAAAGACAAUGAAUUAGAAACUUCACAAUGUGGAUUCGAUUUUGUUGGUUAUGAUGAUGCUUCUAAUUGUGAUUCUUCAUCCACCAAGUAUUCUUGUGUUUUGGAUGUUCAAAAACAACAGGAUGCUACUUUGAAAUUGAAAGAUAUGGAUGAUAUUCCUGCUCAAGUUAGAUGUUACCAUAAACUUUCAACUGCUCAAAGUGACAAAGUCACUGGUGGUGCCUGUGGUAAAUAA